AUGGUCGGCGUUCAGGAUCUGAGCGCCGUGGCCGCCUUACCCAACAGCUACUAUGGAUUUGUAAAAGAUCCUUUCAAUUCGGAUUCCUACUUGAUCCACGUCGAGGGCCGCCGAUAUGGAGACAAUUUCUGUCAACGGCUUCGCGCAACGGAAAUGACCCUCCUCGAGCGGUCACCCAUCAACCAUAACAUCGCGAAGGUUGUCGCGUUUCCAUUAGACAAGAUGGGGAUGAGCCUGAUUGUCGCCAUCGGGUCGGCCAUGACGCUGAUGGUGUAUCAAGCGGACUUGG